AUGCGCAAGGCAUCUAUUGACUUGGCAAAUCUUGGGGAAAUGAGUGCUCGAGUGAUAGCUAGCCUUGUUCACUGUCUCAAACUCUUCCGUGCACCCAAGUUCCUCGCGGUAUUUGCAGUAGAAAACCUCGUCAGUGUGAAAGGACUUGAUAUGAUCCUUCAAUCUUCCGCUGUCGGUGAAUGUGCUUCCACAAUCCUCGCAUAUGAGAAUCUUCCCGAGAUGGACAAUAUCGCUAUGAUUGUCGCAGGCAGCUUUGCUGUGAUAUUAUUUCUCACAUCCGGGGUGUUCACAAUGGAAUUUCUGUCCAAGAUGGACAAUUCUGAAAUGCCUUCUAAGGGCAUCUUCCCUGCGGAAGGUUUCAUCGCAUUCGGGGUCUUCACACUGGAAUGUCUUUCCAAGAUGGUCAGAAUCCACAUGCAUUCAGAGACCAACUUUAUUCACAAAUUCAUUUUCACAUCCAGGCCAUGA